UGCUGUUCAUGGAAAGCGGCUUCUCCCAGGCCAGCUGCUGGCCGCGGGUCGGGGGCCGCAGGAAAGGUCUCGCGUGCGUCCUAAGGCGGAGUCGGCUCGAGGGGCAGCUCGAUUGUCUUGGGAUUCUGCGGCGGAGACCCGAAGUUUCAGCAGCCGGCGGUUGAAUUGCUUAUUUUCUGGGGACAAAUCUUAGCUGCUUUGGCCUUAUCUUUUCCACCCAGAAUGGAGCAUGGGACUCAGCUGUUGGUUCCUGAAUGACGGGACCUUUCGAUCAAAAAAUGGAGAAAAAACGUAGAAAGAAAUGAGCCUUCCUAGGCUUUAUUUGAAAAGACCAUGAAGGCAAGACUUUUACUUAUCUUGGACAAAACCAUUAGACUGUCCAGUUGAGCAGCACUUAGAAAGGCACAGUUUUCGGAAACCAAAAGGAAAAAAAGAACUGAUUAAUGGCGAAGCAUCGGGUUAAUUGAAUUAAUGGAAUUUGGGCGAUGAAAUCAUAUUCUUUGUUGACCAUGAGGCUUACGAACAUCUGGUUGUUCCUGACUGCGAUCUUGCUCUGUGGCAGACACCACUUGGGGACCAGGCUGGGGAAUUCUUCUCACGAGAGCCCCCAGUGUCCUGAAUGCCCUCGUCAUAUGCUGAAAGUAGAAUUUUCAUCAACAGUAGUGGAACAUGAAUACAUCGUGGCAUUCCAUGGCUACUUCUCAGCCCAGGCAAGAAGCAAAUUUAUUUCCUGGGCUCUGAAGAACAGCGACAUCGAGAAUUGGAGGAUUGUGCCCCGGAACAACCCAGCCAGCGACUACCCGAGUGAUUUUGAGGUGAUCCAGAUCAACGAGAAACAGAAAGAUGGCGUGCGGACACUGGAAGACCAUCCCAAUAUCAAGCGAGUUACCCCCCAAAGAAAAGUCUUUCGCUCACUCAAGUACACUGAAAUUGAUCCAGCAUUUCCGUGCAAUGAAACCCGAUGGACCCAAAAGUGGCAGUCCUCUCGUCCUCUCAGAAGAGCGAGUUUGUCGCUGGGCUCUGGAUUUUGGCAUGCGACUGGCAGGCACUCGAGUAGGCGUUUGCUGAGAGCUAUACCCCGACAAGUUGCUCAGACGCUUCAGGCAGAUGUGCUCUGGCAAAUGGGUUUUUCAGGAGCUGGAGUACGAGUAGCUGUAUUUGACACUGGACUGAGUGAGAAACAUCCGCACUUCAAGAAUGUAAAAGAGAGAACCAACUGGACGAACGAGAGAACCUUGGACGAUGGCCUGGGCCACGGGACUUUUGUCGCAGGCGUGAUAGCUAGCAUGAGAGAAUGCCAAGGGUUUGCACCAGACUCAGAGCUCCACAUAUUUCGAGUUUUCACUAACAACCAGGUCUCGUAUACGUCUUGGUUUCUGGAUGCCUUUAAUUAUGCCAUCUUAAAGAAGAUAGAUGUCUUAAACCUCAGUAUUGGGGGCCCAGACUUCAUGGAUCAUCCUUUUGUUGACAAGGUUUGGGAGCUGACGGCAAACAAUGUUAUCAUGGUCUCUGCUAUUGGAAACGAUGGCCCAUUGUAUGGAACUCUCAACAACCCUGCUGACCAAAUGGAUGUAAUUGGGGUUGGCGGCAUUGACUUUGAAGAUAAUAUAGCACGGUUUUCAUCCAGGGGAAUGACCACUUGGGAAUUGCCUGGAGGUUACGGUCGAGUCAAGCCAGAUAUAGUCACCUAUGGCUCCGGAGUGAGAGGGUCUGGUAUGAAAGGUGGGUGCCGCUCCCUCUCCGGGACCAGCGUGGCCUCCCCAGUCGUGGCAGGUGCUGUCACUCUGCUAGUAAGCACAGUUCAGAAGCGUGAAAUGGUGAAUCCAGCUAGUAUGAAACAGGCUCUGAUUGCAUCAGCACGCCGGCUUCCUGGAGUCAACAUGUUUGAGCAAGGCCAUGGUAAACUGGAUCUACUCAGGGCUUACCAGAUUCUCAACAGCUAUAAGCCCCAGGCCAGUCUAAGUCCAAGCUAUGUCGACUUGACAGAAUGUCCCUACAUGUGGCCCUAUUGUUCCCAGCCGAUCUAUUAUGGAGGCAUGCCAACGAUUGUGAACGUCACCAUCCUUAAUGGAAUGGGAGUCACUGGAAGAAUCGUAGACAAGCCUGACUGGCAGCCUUAUCUACCGCAGAAUGGAGAUUACAUCGAGGUGGCUUUCUCCUAUUCCCCUGUUUUGUGGCCUUGGUCAGGGUACCUAGCGAUCUCCAUCUCCGCAGCCAAGAAAGCAGCCUCCUGGGAGGGCAUCGCCCAAGGACACGUCAUGAUCACGGUCUCUUCCCCUGCAGAAAACGACUUGAAAGCUGGUGCCGACCAGACUUCAACAGUGAAACUCCCCAUAAAAGUGAAAGUGAUCCCGACUCCCCCUCGGAGCAAGCGAGUCCUGUGGGAUCAGUAUCACAAUCUUCGCUAUCCACCUGGGUAUUUCCCAAGGGAUAAUUUGAGGAUGAAGAACGAUCCCUUAGAUUGGAAUGGUGAUCACAUUCAUACAAACUUCAGAGAUAUGUACCAGCAUCUGAGAAGCAUGGGCUAUUUUGUUGAAGUUCUGGGCUCCCCAUUUACGUGUUUUGAUGCCAGUCAGUAUGGGACCUUAUUGAUGGUGGACAGCGAGGAAGAGUAUUUUCCUGAAGAAAUCACUAAGCUGAGGAGGGACAUUGAUAAUGGUCUGUCCCUCAUAGUCUUCAGCGACUGGUACAACACAUCAGUGAUGAGAAAGGUCAAGUUUUAUGAUGAGAAUACAAGGCAGUGGUGGAUGCCUGAUACUGGAGGAGCCAAUAUCCCAGCUCUGAAUGAUCUUCUCUCUGUUUGGGGCAUGGCUUUUAGUGACGGGUUGUACGAAGGGGAUUUUACCAUGGCGAGCCAUGAAAUGAACUAUGCUUCGGGUUGCAGUAUUGCAAAGUUUCCAGAAGAUGGCGUGGUAAUCGCACAGACUUUUAAGGAUCAAGGUCUUGAAGUUUUAAAGCAGGAGUCAGCGAUAAUCGAAAACGUCCCCAUUUUGGGUCUCUACCAAGUUCCAUCAGAAGGAGGAGGCAGGAUAGUUUUGUACGGUGACUCGAACUGCUUGGAUGACAGUCACAGGCAAAAAGAUUGCUUUUGGCUGCUGGAUUCUCUUCUUCAGUACACGUCCUACGGAGUAAUGCCCCCGAGCCUCAGUCAUUCAGAAAACAGACAGCGGCCCCCAACGGGCGCAGGGUAUUCGCUUCCUGAGCGAAUGGAAGGAAACCAUCUUCACCGAUAUUCGAAAGUGCUCGAAGCUCACCUGGGGGACCCCAAGCCCCGCUCCCUUCCAGCGUGUCCUCACUUGUCUUGGGCCAAGCCACAGCCUCUGAAUGAAACAGCUCCCAGCAACCUUUGGAAACAUCAGAAAUUAUUAUCUAUCGACCUAGACAAAGUGGCUUUGCCAAGCUUCCGUCAGAGCCGGCCCCAAGUAAGGCCGUUGUCUCCGGGAGAAAGUGGAGCGUGGGAUAUUCCAGGGGGGAUAAUGCCCGGACGCUACAACCAGGACGUGGGAGGGUCAAUCCCUGUCUUUGCAUUCCUCGGUGCCAUGGUGGUCCUGGCGUUCUUUGUGGUGCAGAUCAAAGCUAAGAGCAGACCAAAGAGAAGGAAGCCGAGAGUCAAGCGGCCACAAAUUAUUCAACAGGGCCACCCACCAAAGACGCCUUCUGUUUGACUGCAGUUGCCAAAGAUGACCUUAUCUCGUUGGCUGCUUUAUGGAAUCGUGAUCACUACCAAUAAGGAUAAUCGAUGAAUACCUGGCCGUUAGUUGACUGAUUCGUGCCACUUUGUCUUGUUGUCUUUGGUUCCUCUUAAUCAAGAACUCAUCAGAUCAUCUACAGAUUAUGAAAACUAUUUUUUUUCCUGUAACUGAACUCAACCAAAGGCUGGAGUACUAUUUAAACGGAGCUGCUCUGUUUCUGUGUGUCUCAAGAACGGGGGGAAAGGAUCUCUUUCUUUCUCUCUCUCUCUCUCUUUUUCCUUUUAUUUUAAACUGACCAAACCUUCUUCGUUAGAGGCUGUUUUCUAUAUUUAUUUUAGGAGGGGCAAGGAGAAGAAUCCCUUCAAGGCCCUCAGCUCUCUGAUGGCAGAACCAUUUUUCUGAAUGGAAUGCAGUUUUCUAAAGCGAUAUAUAUUAUAUUAUAAAGAGGAAUCGAAUUUGCAGCAUCCUCCUGUAAAGGAUGAGAGAGAAACUGACACUCGUGGGAAGCAGGAACAAAUCAGCGAGGUGUAAUCCUUCCAUUUAUUUUUAUAAAGCAACUUACCAUGACAUUUUGUAAUUUU